AUGAUGAAAUUGUCUCCCGAGUCAAAAACUAUCAUGUUCAAAGAAUUUGUGGGCAAUUUAGUUUGUCCUCCAAAGCCGGGGCAUGUUUUUGUUAUUUCCGGCGUAACAAAAGAAUUUGCUCAAAGAUUAGAUAUUGAUUUUUUGACAUCGUCGGAUGAUUAUGAGACACGUAUCUUCCACGUCAGCAUCCGAUUUGACGAGUGCAUCAUCAUUAACAACACGAAACUGGACAAAGCAUGGGGCACGGGAGAACGUUGGGAUCAUGGCUUGGAAUCAGGAGGCAAAUUUCGCGUCUAUGUCUUGGCGAUGCGUGAUGAAUUUCACAUUUCCUUCGAUAAUGCGGUUCAUGCCGUGUACAAAUAUAAAGCAAGUUUGAACGAUAUCAAGGCAAUUCGCGUUUGCAAAGACAUCCGUUAUGUCACACAAUUCGAUCAUCGCAUGGUUUAUCCGACGGCAUAUCCGUAUUUGCAAUGGUAUGACGACAAAAAUUGGAUUUUCUCGCAUAAUGUGCCGCAAAAGUUCAUUGCGGGCGAUGUGAUGAUCCUCAAAGGCAUGGCUUUGGAAAAUCCAAAAGGAAGUUUCACGAUGUGUUUCUAUGAAGGAGCCUCGAAGAAACAUGCGUUGACAUUUACGGCAGAUUUCGACAAGAAAACUGUUGUUCGUGAUUCGAUGGAUGACAACAUGAAAGUAACUCGCGUUGAACAAGACGGCGGUUUCCCCUUCACGAUGGAUAAAGAGUUCAAACUGACAAUCGGCUUUACCAAAACUCAUUUUGUGAUCGCUGUCGAUGGAAAAAAAUUCUGCACGUACAAAUAUUCGUCUCCAAAUCAACUUGAAUUGUUGUGUGCUUUCCAUAUGAAGGUCCAAAAUGGCUUGAUGCUGAAUGUGGGAGAAGUUAAACACAAACACAGUGCUUCCGAGGAAUGUGAAGGAAUUGAAAAGUUUUAA